UCACUCUUUUUUAUCUGCUGUUUUGAUUAAUUUUAAGCAUUAUUCUGCAUUUGAGAUUUAGGUAAGAAUGAAAAUUUUAAUCAUGAAGAAUUCUUACUGCAAGGAAGCAAUUAAAUCCAACAAAAACUCCAAUUAAUUGGAGGUACACGUAAGAAUAUUCCCCUCUGCGCACGCGCUACACCGAGGCUGAGGCUGCUAAUGACUAUUCGUCAUUCGUCAACUAGUUACAAUGGUCACCGGCCGGCUGCGCAACAACACCAAUUGAAAGAAACCGGCAAGUUCCAGAAGAGUUUAAGUUCCCCUCCAACGAAGCUGCCAAAUGCAAAUCUGCCUGCUUUCUCUCUCUGUCUCAAACAGCCCACUCCCACAGUCAAGGUGGUUGGGCUGGGCUCCGCUGGCGGGCUGCAUCCGACACCAAGUGUCCGGUGUCCCGCUCCCAAUACGGCUCACAAUAACGAUGAAAACGACAACCAUCCCUCCCCCUAGAAUAUCCAUUUUCUUUUGAGUACUAAUACUAUAACUUCAUUUUAUCCGAAAGCAAAAUUAUUCAAAUAUGAUUUGAUUCAUACUAAAAUGGAUAUGGUAUAAUACCUACAUAUUGAGUUUUUUUUAUUGGGGACUACACAUUGUGCACCGCACCUAGAGGUGGCAAUUAGGAUCCAUAUCCAUGAAUCCAAUCGAUUCCAGUCACUAAAUUUUCCAUCUAAUCCAAUUGAUUUAAAUCCAACCCACUUGAUCCAAUGCAUCAAUCAAUCCGUUUGAUCCAAUCCACCAAUCCAUGGAUCCAAUACAUUUGUCAUCUCAAACCGCACCUUACUAACAUCAUAGGUUGAGAUGAUUCACUGUGGAGUCUGGAUCAUAGUUAGUAAAUACUGCGUUUAAUACAAGUACAUUUACCCAUACGUAUUUUAUACGUUUAAAACUUCUGUAUCCAUAUUAUUGUCAAGUCGUUUCAUUUUUUCAUUCAUUUGAUGACUUCCAUACUAAACACGUAUCAAAUUCAUAUUUUACUUUUAAUAUACUAUUAAACAUAACAUUAACUUAUAGAAAAAAUAAAAUAUAUACAUAACUUUCUCGUAUUGUAUAUUUACUAACUAUAGAUUGGAUAAAAGAAUUACUUACUGGUUUUAACUCUAGCCAAAAUGGGCAAACCGUGUCCGUAAACACUAAUAUACUAUGGCUUUCAAUUGAAACCUAUAAUUGAUGGAGGAAAUUAUGGAAGCAAUGACGAAUACGGGAAAAAAUGGGAAAGGGAAAGAGACACAUCCCCCUCCUUACAAUCUUGCCACGUGCGACCCCUUCUCCACCUCAGCGCGUGAAACAGCGUCACGUUACCAAAUAUCUCAGGCGCUAUUCUAGAAAUCCCAUUAAUUUUCCAGUGAGUGUCAAAAUCAAUUUUUGCGUCUUUUAUUAAAGCAUAUUAAUUAUUGAUUUUUUUACUUGGGCACUAAGUCCUCCACCUCGCGUAACCUCACGCGCCACCUCACCCAUCCCUUCCGCAUCAUCCCGUGUAUAUAUAUAUAAAUAUGAGUCACGCCAAACGCCAUUGAAUCCUCACCUCAUUCUCAAUCAUCUUUUUGACGAAAUAGAAGAAGGAAAAAAAGAAAAAAAUCACUUUCUCCUUUGCUACCCUUUCUUUUCUCUCCUUCAUCACAAAAUGCUGGAUGAAACUUCCGCCACAGCCGCCGACGUAGCGUUUUGCCCCAGCUUCAGUAGCUACUCUUGCGACCGGCUCGCCGACGUCGCCGCGGCGGCAGCGGCAGAAGCAGCAGUGAAUUCAUCGGGGAACGACGAAGAAUUCGAGUUCGUCUCCCUCAGCUGCGCGGAUCCCGAUGCGAUCGAAUUAGGAGACCACCAGCAAUUGGUUUCCCCUGUUUUUUUCCCGGUGUUCAACCAAGAUCGAUUUUCCAGCGACGCUGAGGGACGGAGCAGCGAUGCUCCAGCAGCGGCCGAAACGAUACCACGUCCGCUGAGCGAGUUGUUCAUGGACGAUCGAGAUCAGCACUCAUCGUACUCUUCUUCCUCGUCGGAAGCGGACGAAUUGGAAGGCGCGCCUGAAGGGAGCUACUGCUUCUGGACGCCGAAAAUGAUUUCUCCGUCGUCGGUUACCGGAGCGUCGCCUUCGCCCGGUAGAUGCGAGAAGAGCAAUUCCACCGGAUCCUCGGCCUCGACGACGAAGCGGCGGUGGAGGUUGCGAGAUCUGCUGCCUAGAUCCAGCAGCGACGGGAAGGUGUGCUACUUGAUGGUCCAGCCAAACACUGCUGGCGCCAGCAGCAGUAAUAAUAAUAGCAGCGCCAAUAAUGAUAUCAAUUUAGGGAAAAGAAGUGAGGAGAAAUCGGCAGCCGAUCGGAAGGCGAAACCGUCGCCGGCAAGAGCUGCGAAAACGGCGGCGUCGGCACACGAGGUGUUUUAUACGAAGAGCAGGGCGUUGAAAGAUGGGGAUCGGCGGCGGUCGUAUCUGCCGUACCGUCAGGAGCUUCUCGUCGGAUUCUUCUCUAAUGUGAACGGUUUCAGCAGGACGUUGACUCCAUUUUAGGGAUUUUUUUGUCGUGUUGGUUUCGAAUUACAAGGGAGAAAAUCCUAACAGAUGGAUUCAAGUUUGGAUCAUGAGGACGGCUGGAAAAUCUUACCGUUUCCUUUUGUUUUCUGUUUCGUUUUUUGGGAUAUUAAUCUCGUUCAUGUAAAUUAUUAUUUUUUUAUGUUAGUAGAUGAAUAAAAGAGUAGUUGCACAAAAGUUGCACUUGCAAGUGACAUUUGUGUUCGCACAAAAUUUACGGCGAAUAUGAUAUAGUAUUUCAUUAAAUUUGCAACAAUGAAUGAAUAACGUUUUUUCUUCUUUCAAGGGAAAUCUAUUAGCUAUUAAUUAACUAGGAAUUACGGUAACAUUGUCCAGCAAAAGCAUAGCAACUAGGUACACAUGAGGCCUAUCAAGCCAAACAAUUGUCUAAUUCAUCCUCAUUUUAAGUGCACUAUUAUGUGAGCUGCUUUGUUCACAUCCCUCGACACAUGUUUCUACUUCUCCCUCCUCCUAGAUUGUCCAGUAUUAGUGUAUACAUAUGCAUAUAGAUUAUUGCCCGUCUCCAUCCGAACUUCAAAUGCCUCGCUAAGCUUUUGAACUAGGGUGCUGCAAUCAUACUUCAAAGUUACGCUUUGUAACUGGAAUUGACGAGCCAACUGGACACUAGUUCAACUACUAAAGCUUCAGCUUUUUCCAUUGUUACAAUGUCAGGGAUUUUCUUUGUUAACGCAAGAACAAAUUUACCACCACUGCCUUUUACGACAACUUUUAUUCCUCUGGUUUUCAUCCAUCAAAGUCCCUGUAUCCGUAUUGAUUUUCAACUCGCCUUCUUCCAGAGCCCUCCAUUGCUUGGGAAUUGGGACACUCGCAUGUCUCAUGUGAUGGCCUUCUAAGUGGAAUAAAAUCAGAACUCUUCCUAAUAUACUUAAAAAAAACUCGAAUUAUAGUUUUUUUCUUCGACAUUGUGUCUUUCCACUAUUCCAAUCACCUGAAUUUUGUGUUGUUUCACUUGUUUUUAUGUAAAAGUAUUAUCAUAAUGCCAACAAAAUCAAGUAGCUAAUUAUAUACUUGCAUCUCCCAUGCUUUAACAAAUUGAGUCACUAUUCUCGAUUUAUCAAUUUCAACAUUCAUGUAUCAAUGAAUGGUUUAUUCUUCUUCAAUUCAUGGAAUGAAAUGAAUUCUAUCAAUCCUAAAUCAUGUGAGGUUUCUCCCCUUUGUUUUCUAAUUAAUGUGGGUGAAUUGUCUUUGUCUUCGAUCGUCUACCACAUCUGCUUUGCCUCUCGGUUUGAUAAAGCAAAAUCAUUGGAAGCAAGAAAUUUAUUAAGAAACAAAUGAAGGAGUUUUGAUCCCCAUAAACAGAAACAAAGGGAAGGCAGAAGCAAAGGGAAGAAGACUUGAAUAGGGAAUUGAGUGAUGAGUGGUUGUGAUUAAUGUUAGUGACCGGGAGUUGGGAAGAGUUGGUAGAUCAUGAUGUAGCUAGGAAGAAGCAGGUGUUACCCAGUUUUGGCAAGUGUUCAUGAUGAGCGUGACAAUGGACAUCCAACCUCCACCAAAUAAUGACUCUUGGUUUGUUUAUGGUGGAACGGUGUGUUUGUUUCUAGUGAAAGUUAUUGUUGGGGCAUGAAUAUUAAUUUGUGGAUUCUUAUUACAAUUUCAGAGGAUUUUCAGCCUCAAACUCAUUUGAGCGGAGCAAUUGAGACUUGUUUAGAGAAGUUAAAAUCGAUAAAAGGGUUUUCAAGAUCUUAUUUUGUAAAAUGGUCUUCUAAACUUUUUUCAAGAUCUUAUGUAUUGAUUUUUUUUUAUGAGGGUGACGUAGAUUAGUAAUUGGUUUUUUAUUGCGAAGUACAACUUAAGAGAUUCAAAUAUGAGACCUCUAGGUUGAAGAUCAGGGGUAUUAACACUAGAUCAAACCCUUGUUCACUUCACGUAUGUUGAUUUGUUAUGAGUGCUAGUUAUUGAUCGUCCCUAAGUUUCUCAAAUGUCGGAAGUCAAUAGAACCUGAGUUGGGUC